ACAUAGAUGGCGGAGAAAAUCACCGGAAUGAACCCUAAAACCACCGUGCACGGUGUUACAACCAACAACAAUUUGGAUACGAGAAAUGCAGACCGACGUGUAUGGUUGAUGAAAUGCCCUACCGUCGUCUCUGGAUUCUUCGAACAGCAUCAACACUCUACUUCCGGUGAAACUGAUCUCUCUUUUAAUUCUCCGAGACCUGUUGCCAAAGUCACCGUCGUCGUUGAUCCUCUAAUCGCCAAUGAUUCAACUCAAUUUACCAUGGAAUUAGCCGGAACUUCAUCUGGAAACAUGCCCACUCACUACUCCAUGGAUAUGUCAACAGAUUUUAUUCCAAUGUCGAUAUUUUCUGAAUCAGGUCAAGGAAGGGUUUCGGUCGAAGGAAAGAUAUAUCACAAAUUUGAUAUGAAGCCUCAUCAUGAAAACAUUGAGAAUUAUGGAAAACUAUGUCGUGAGAGGACGAAUAAGUACAUGACGAAAAGUAGACAAAUUCAGGUUAUUGAUAAUGAUAAUGCUAAACAUAUGAGGCCUAUGCCUGGUUUUUUCGCAACUAAGGCUUCUGGAUCUGCUGCAGAGAAGAAGAAGGUGCCUAGUAAAGGAUUAGAAAUGAAAAGAACAAGGAGGGAUCGUGACGAAAUGGAAGAAAUUAUGUUCAAACUGUUUGAGAGGCAAUCAAAUUGGACGUUGAAACAGCUCGUCCAUGAGACGGACCAGCCUGAGCAAUUUAUGAAAGACAUGCUCAAACUACUCUGCAUUUACAAUAAUAAGGGCGCUCAUCAAGGCACUUAUGAGCUGAAGCCGGAGUAUAAGAGAACAGAAGACAAGACUGAUUCUUGAUUAUUUUAGUAUAAGCUU